GGAAGCGGCAUCGAGGAGUUAACGUCUGCCGGUCACAGAGCGCUGCAGGAGGGCCGGACGGAGGACGCUUUGACCUGCUUCAACCACGCACUGAAGGCUGCAGGACAGCUGCAGGACUCGCGGGUCCUCCGGGCCUGUUCUUUUAACCUCGGUGCAGCCUAUGUGGAGGCGGGCCGGCCUCAGAAAGGUCUGGACCUCCUGCGUCUGGCUCAGUCUGGUCCGAAGGCCGACCGGCUCCCGGACCUCCAGUUCAACCUGGCCCUGGCCCACAAUGAACUGGGGCAGAACCAACAGGCCGCCGCCUACUUCCUGCAGGCCGCUCAGCUGUACCGGUCACAGGGAGACGGAGGCAGCGAGGGGGACGCCUGCAUGGAGCUGAGCCGCUGCUACAGCAGAGUACAGGUCAGAACCGGAACCAGGAACAGAUGUGUACAGGACUGGCCUCUGGCGGUUCAGGGUUUCCUGCGGGCUGCAGAGAGUUACAGACUGGCGGCCAUGUUGGAUUCUGCAGCCGCUGCCCUAAAAGAGGCAGGAAGUCACAUGAUCCAAUCGGAUCAGUUCAGCCAUAAUGACAUCAUCGGCGUGCUGACAGAGUGUCUGAGUUUGACAGACAGCAUCACUGACCCGAGGAUUCUGGGUGAGUUGUACCUGUCAGUGGGUGUGUCUUACUGCCAUCUCAGGUGUUUCCAGGACGCCGCGCGGUGCUUCCAGCUGGCUCUGGGCCCCGCGGCUCAGCGCCCCCCCCUGCUGGCCAAAGUGCUGCACAACCUGGGAGCUGCUCUGAACUCUGUGGGCCAGUUCACACCUGCUGUGGGCUACCACAGGCUGGCCGCUGGACUCUACGGCUCUCUGGGUUGCCGUGGCGACCAGGCUCGGUGUUUCAGUAACUUGGCUUUUGCCUUCAGUCAGCUGGGUGAUGAAGAGGAGGCGGCGGAGAGCUUCAUCCACGCUCUGCAGGGAUUCAGAGACACAGAGGACCACCUGGCUCAGGUCCAGGUGUGUGAGUCGUUGGCAGAGUGUUACCUGAAGCAGAGGAAGCAGAAGAAAGCUGUCCAGCUCUACAAACAGGCUCUGGCCGCCCUGACUCACUGCAAGGACAGUUCUGGCUCUGUUCGGGAUCGUCUGGUGGAGCGUCUGACUGCAGCUCUACAGCAGAGUCUGACUGUCAGUCCGCAGAGGCCACGCCCACACAGACCACCUAUUGGACAGCGGGCCAGGAAGAGUGACAUCACACAGAGUCCAUGCCAAGUGUCCAACCAGCAAUCAGACAGUCAGAGGUGGGAGGGGCAAGGUGCUACAGUGUCAGAGCAGGAGGCCACAGCUAGACAGGAAGCAGCAGAGCAUUGCGGGUCAGCAGGCCGCGGAGCCACUGGAGCACCUGGACUACACAGGUCAGACCAGCUGCAGCACAGUGAGCUGUGGUUGGACAGAGAGAAGCUGCUCACUGACAGUGAAACCUCAUUGGUCCAGGAGAAAGAUACCCCACCCGCCGGCCCAGAUGAUGUCAGAGAGGCCACACCCCCCAGGUGGAGGUCUCGGAUCUGUUUACUGAUGUAGACCCGCCUGCCUGACACUUUCAUUGAUCACAUGUUGAUGAGAGAUCAAAGUCUCUGUGAUCACUGGACUGAAUAUAGAGACUGGUUUCCAUGGAAACUACAGGAAGAAAACAGCGUUGCUUUAAUAUGCGUCAUCACAGAGAUGUGCAGAUAACUGCAGAUACUAUACUGUGUGUGUGUGAGUGUGUGUGUGUGUAUAUAUAUACACACAUAUAUACACACACACAUACACA